CCGGCACGGCGUUCCCGUUCUUCUCGGCGCUCGGCAGUCUUCGACCGACGUUCACGCCGUUCGUUGUCCGACCGCUCGCGCGAAUUUUACGCGCACGUCCCGCGAAUUACAGUGAUUUUUUUUCAUUCGAUUUGUCCAGGAUUCCGCGUUCAUCCGAACCAAAUAUCAUCUGACCGUUCUCUGUACACGAGCAUACGUACCGCGCGGAUUGUGUUCACCGAUUGGCGUUUUCCCGUCCGUCCGUUUUUUCACGAAAAAAUAUGGCAAUCAUGGACACGAACCCGGAGAGUAAUAACCAGUACCAGUACAUCCAGGAUACGUCUUUGGCUUCGGUAAGUCGAAUCAGUGUUCAUUACCCGUCCCUACUGUUGCCCCUCGAGAAGAGAAAUAAACCGUAAUUUUUUUUUUUUUUGUUGUCGUUUUUCCGAGGCGAGCUAUUCGAAAAUAAACCCGGAGAAAUCAUAUACGCGUCGACUUUAAAUAAAUAUUAUUUUUCAAUAUUUAAACGGCCGACCGUUUUUGGAAGGCCGUACGGUUUUAGGCUGGAAAAAAUGCCGUGGCUCGUACGCGUAUUUUUUCGAGCAUAUUAUUUAUUUAUUUUUUUUUUUCUAUAAAUCCCGGCCCCAAUAAUAUUGACGGCCUCGACUAUAAUACUCGAAAGAACAAAAAAAAAAAAAAAUACUCAAAAUCCUCGUAACGGACGUGUGUACCGAAAAAAUCGACGUCCGUGACGUUUUUUUUACGACUGCGAAAACCGUAGUCGUAAUUUUUUUUACGCGAUUUUUUUUUCUUUUCGUUUUUGUUGUUUUUUUUUUUUCAUCGGCUGACUCGAAAAACACAGAUCAAACGAUAUUAUUAUAUUGUUUAUUACGUAUUCGUUUGAAUCGCAUCUGCACACAGUGCAGGUGUUCCCACGGGGUACACUGGGUGUAACUAACUGCGCCGUAAACUCUCGACGUUUUCGAACUGUCGAAUAGUUUUCUCGAAAAGCAAAAACUUCGACGUUACGCGUUAUUAUAUUAUCGCCGUUGACAGUUCGUUACGCGCUCUACACGUCCGUGGUGAUAAAUGACGGAAUCUGCGGACCAUAUAGGAGUGUGAUUUUUUUUUUUUUUUGGAAAUUUACGUUAUAUCGUCGAUGUCUGGACGGAUUACAGCGGACGCAUGCGAGUACGCGAAUGUUUACGCGGAUACGAUCGAUAAAGGCGUUGCAGUAUUCGAUAAUUUCUUAAUUGAAAAAUCGUAAAAAUAUCGGUCAACACCUUUGAUCCGACGAUCCCGUCAAUAUUGUCGUUUGUUUCGGUCAACUGAACAACCCCCCCGCGAUUACCGUUUACAAUGCUUUUCGAUUUGCGAGCGCUCCGUUUCGGUAAUGAUUUUAAUUCGAUUUUCGAAACAAUAUUUACGGGAGCACCGUAAAUAAACUCACGGGCGGCUUUCGCAAUGUUUCGAUUUAUUUGUUCGGAGUUUUUUUUUUUUUUUUUUUCUGUUCGCGACGUCGGCCUUGUCAAUCAACAUCAAAAAAAAAUAAAAAAAAAAAAAGCCGCCGAUCCCGUCACAGGAGGGCAAUCUGCCGACGGCGACGUCGCGCUGUUUGCUAUCCAAAUUUUUUUUUUUUAUUCCCCGAUUAUCGUCGACGACAAAUUCUCUCCUAAUCGCGAUAAACGCGCACGUCGCACGUCACAUCGAACAAACAAACAUCACUAAUAAACUAUUAUUAGAAGGAAAAAAAUACGCUGUUCGCUCCGUCCGCUCUCGUCAACACAUCGUUUGCCCCAGAGUUCGCCGAUAAUUGAUUUCGUCGGCACGGAUGACGUAUUAUCUAAAAAAAAAAAAAAAACGAUCGGCGAAAACGUCAGCGUCGUGUAUUAUAUUAUGCGUAACCGCCGUAAUUGAAUAUUUUAUUUGCCUAAAUGUUUCCGCGAUCGGGGAUUUUAACGUUGAAAUAAAAAAAAAUAAACGCUCGGAAAGUAUAUUUAAAAAUCGGCGUGCAAAACGGUAGAGGUGUUUAAAAGUCCGCCGACGCCCGUCCAAGGGGUCUGACUUAUUGAAUACGAUUGCCCGACACCACAGAAACGUUGCCGUCGUAUAAGCCAGAGCCGUUGGGAACGACGGGGAUCUUUUGAACGCCACUACCGGUUUCGCCGUUUUCAAAUAAUUGCCCGGGGCUUGUUGAUGAAGUACCCGACUAUUCGUUUUUCGUGGAUUUUGAGUCGUAAGAGGCCGCGAGCCCCGUACGUCGCUACACCGCCGCGAUGUGUCGCCGUGACGCGCAGUCGCUCGGAACAGCGACGCGAAAGAAAAAACAACUGAAAAUAACUUCUUGAAACGUCAAUAUUUAUUCGGAAAACAAUAGACGAGACGAGAUACGCGAGAAUAUUGAAAUUGACGUGCGCGAUAAAAUCGUCGGGAACGAAAACGUCUGGAAUAUUAUGUAUAAUUUGAUUGAACCCGGGAAUCUAUACACCGUGCGUUUAUCACAGAAAGCGGACGCGGGGUGGUUUCUUUUUUUCCGUUGCCGGGGGAAUAUUUUAAAGGUGCCGUCCCAAUCGAAGGAAUAAAAAAAAAUUAAUAACAACACGCAUUUGUUGAACGGUUUACUUUUUGUCCCGAUCGAUAUUAUUGUUUCGCCGGCGUCCGUACCGCAAAACUGUUCUCGCGCCGAUACUCGCGGGCGUGCGAAAACCGUCUUAAACGGUCUCGAGACGGCGAAAAUGACUGCAGAAUAUUUAAAAAAAAAAAAUUAAAAAUUACGGUGUAUGAAUUUCGACAGACCGUGUCCGUGACUUUAAUCGAGACGCGGUACAGCGAACCCGUCCCUGCGCAGGACCCGGAUAGGGAAUGGGACGUUGGUGUAUACCGAGGGUCGGUUUUCGCGGAGAAAUCGAAAAAACGCGAACCGCGGUGAAAACGGUGAAAAGGGGAUUUUCGGAAUCCGUUCGGUUUACAGACGAAGUCUGCGAGUCCAGCGCGAGUAACGAGUUUCCGAAACGAGCGUCGUUUUUCGUCAUCGCGCGCGCUGUCCAGGGCCAACGGCGUUGCCGGGUAAAAAAUUAUAAUCUCCGCGACGAUUACGAGCUCUCGGAGUCGGCAUUCCGAUGCGUUUACCGCCAUUUUUAUUUUCCGCCGUUCGUACGUUCGCCGUGUACACGAACAUUGAUUUUAGAUACAGUUUUUUUUACACCGAACUCGUUUGGUUUUUUUUUUCCCCCAAACGCGCCCCCCCGUAAACCCGUUGACCCCUCGACCCGAGAUUUAUUGCGACGCGUCGACCGUAUACUGAUAGAAUUAUUUUCUGUGUGUUACAGUUGGAUUCCAAAACGAGCCCGCUGGCCAUGUUGGUGCGCACUUGCAGUCAGAUCGGAGCCGACCCGCCGAUGGCCACCGCGGCCAAGUCGAAAAAACCGGUCGCUGCGGCGCCGGUGUCCGCGCCCGCCGCCGCGGCGGACAGGCCGCACAGCGCGUCCCCGGCCUCGGCCGCUUACUUGGGCCACGCGGCCGCCAAGCACCCGUUGAACCACCACCACCACAACAACAACAACAACACCAUCAACAACAACAACAACAACAACAACAACAACAACAACAGUAACAGCCACAACAACAACUACUUGCCGGAAAAACCGGCCAAGUUGAAUUUCAAACCGUACGAGAACACUGUUUUGACGCCGUCGCCGCACCACCAGCUGCACCACGUGCAGCAUCACUCGACCCAACACUAUCAAUCGCCGAACGACGACGAAAGCCGCCCGAAAAGCAGUAGCUCGGAAGACAACGGCGGCGGCGGCGGCCACGGUCACGGGCACGGGAAGAAACGCAAAUCGGCUUCGCCGCGCGACGAGCCGUACCACCACAACCACAGCACCGCCAAGAGCAGCCGCCGGUCGUCGUCGUCGGCCUCGUCGUCCGAAACGGUGUCGACCGCCGUCGACCCGUCCACCAACCCGAUAAUCCGGUCCGGCCUGGAGGUGAUGCACGGCGCCGCCGCGGCCAAAGCGGCGUUCUGCCCGCCGCCGCCGAUGCCCGCUCACUCGCCGUACAAGCCGUGCGACCCGCUGGCCGCUUUCCGGCACACGUAUCUGCCCGGCGCCCCCUGGAUGCCGGCGGCCGUUUCGCUGGCCGCGGCCGCGGCGGCCAAGCCGUCGUCGUCCGACUGCAAGGACCCGAUGUGCGGCGGACCGGCGUCCGGAUGUGGCGGCCAACAGCAGCAGCAGCAGCAGCACCACCACCAUCAGAUGACCGCGGCCGCGUUGGCGUUCGCCAGCCAGUACCACCCGAUGAUGGCCGCGGCGGGCGGCUGUCCCGCGGGCUGCGCGCAGUGCGACCACCAGCGGUACUUGUCGUCGCUGAUGGCCGCCGCGGCCGCCGUGCCCGCUUUUUACGCGCCCGUCGCCCGCCCUUACACGUGCAGCUGGGUGAUACCCGGCGGUAGCGGCGGCAACGGCCCCGGCGGACACCAGCCGUCGUCCGAAGCGGCCGCCGUCCCGUCACUGUGCGGCAAGAGUUUCGGCACGUCCGACGAACUGCUGCAACACAUCCGCACGCACACUUCGGGCAGCGGCGCCGGCGUCUCCGCGGCCGCGUCCGCCAUGGCCGCCGGCCCCAUGUCGCCGACCACGGCCGCGGCGUUUUCCGCCUACAACAGCCAUCUGUCCCGGCACCUGUUCCACCAUCCGUCGGCGGCCGCCGCGUACGGAAAACCGCCGACGCCGUCCAUGAUGCCGCCGUCGCCGUACAGCGCGUUCAACCCGACGGCCGCGUACUGUUACCCGCCGCCCGGCGGUUACCAUCACCCGCACCCGUUGUACUCGCCGCGCGGCGACACGUCCGCCGCCACCGUCAGCCGUUAACGCGAUUCUUCCGAUAACGGCUGUCGUCGAUACCGCCGUAAAUAAUAGUGACACUGUGAUAGCGCUUUAAUCGAAAUAUCGUAAUCGCACGUUACGAUCUUUAUCGUCAAAUAUUAAAUUAUUCGCGGACAUCACGAUGACCUCACAAGAAUCACUCUCUCUCUCUAUCUCUCUCUCGCACACACUCUCUCUAGAAGAAAACCAACACUCUCGUUGUCAGCAACGCAUCGUCGCCCGCUCGCCCCGAUAUUACACUACCCCCUCCCCCCCCUCCCGCCCCUUGUAAUUAUCAUUGUUAUUGUCAUCUACUCGGCCGUCGAUAUUUUUAUUGUAAUUACAAUUGCGUGUGUAUUUAUUUUUUCAUUAUUUGUCAUUAAUCGCCGUCCGCGUAGACGUCGCGUAUCGCGCAAUAAUAUUCGUCACCGACACCGCCCGGGAUAGAAUUACGUGUUAUUUGUAUUAGUAUAUUUAUAUGUUUAAGCAUUCUUUAUCUUUAUGUUUUUUUUUUUUUUUUUGCUUUUUUUACGACCUCGUUGAUAUUUUCAAAUACUGAAUUGGUGUGAUUUUUUUGUCGUCGACGUUUCGUGUUGUUUCACACAAACGCGUAUUAUAUUAAACGUAUAUAUAUAUUAUAUUAGAUUAUUAAAAAAAAAUAAAAUUUCAUUUGAUAAUAUAAUUAUAAAAAAAAAAAAAAUAAAUAUUAUUUAUACUUAACUAUAUAUUCGUGUACAAAAAUAAAUGAAAUACGUGUCAAAAACAAACGAUAAAC